UGUUACGGUCGUCCUCAUCUCUCUCUCAUCUCACAUACCUAAGCGCGUAUCGCGAUUAAAGAGCCGAGCCGGUGUGUCUCAUCAUGCAGAAUCCCGGUGAUACGGAGGAGGUGAAGAUGCAGAGCAGAUCGAAAAAAGGAAAGGGCCCUGUGGACCUGGUGCAGGAGGCGAUGGGCUCGCUUGGACCCUGGCACAUUAUGAUCGCAAUCGCCCUGUCUCUGGUAAAAUUCCCGGUAGCCUGGAACCAAUUGUCCAUUGUCUUUUUGGCGCCGCGUAUUGAUUUUGUUUGCGUCUCACCCCUACCCACCGAUAAUAAAACGAUGAUCAAUGAAUGCGAGGUCAAUGUUGGUAACGGCACGAUGCAAAGUUGCACCAAGUUCCAUUACGAUCGCAAAGAAUUCAAGGAGACGAUCAUCACGCAGUGGGAUUUGGUUUGCGAUAGAGAACAAUUGUCCAACUUGGCUCAAUCAUGCACUAUGUUCGGCAUACUCGUUGGUAACAUGAUUUUCAGUGCUAUGUCCGAUAGAAUUGGCCGAAAAAUUCCCCUGAUGAUCGCGAUACUACUGCAAACUCUAGCCGGACUAAUGACUGUGUACUCGCCGUGGUACGAGAUGUUCUUAACGUUCAAGUUCAUAGCAGCUGUGGCCACCGGCGGCUCCAUGCUCAUUAGUUUCGUUUUACUGAUGGAAAUUGUGGGGCCCAAGUGGCGCUCACCACUGUCCGUAUUGUUCCAUGUGCCAUUUUUAAUAGGCUUCCUGUUGAAUCCGCUGAUCUCUUAUUUAACCCGCACGUGGUACGGAUUUCAACUGGCAGUGUCUAUACCACCGAUUUUCCUGCUCUCCUAUUAUUGGAUAAUCCCCGAGUCACCGAGGUGGUUGCUGGCGGUGGGACGAACGCGCGAGGCUGAGGUGAUACUGACGAAGGCUGCGGAGAAGAACAAUGUCCCCUUGAGUCACGUGUCGGCGGCUAUCGAGGCCUACAGCACCAGCUACACCCAGUCAAAGAAAUCCGAUCAGGAGAAAAAGUACAAUGUGACGCACUUGUUCCGCACCCCGAAUUUAUGCCUCAAGACGAUCUGCGUCUGCGUCAAUUGGUUUGUCUGCGGCAUGUGCUUCUUCGGACUGGCCCAGUACAUCGGCCAGAUAAAGGGCAAUGUGUUCGUCAACUCGGCCAUCUCGGCGGCGGUGGAGCUGCCCGGCACCCUUAUCGUGCUCUUCCUGAUCUCAAGGGUCUCGCGGCUGCGUAUACUCAUGGGUGGUAGCUUUGUCUCGGGGGUGACGCUGCUGCUGAUCAUAUUCUUCGAUAACAAAACGAUACACGUGAUUCUGGCGACUAUCGGUAUAGCUGGCAUGUCGUUGUCCUUUCCCACGGUUUACUUGUACAGCAGCGAAGUUUUUCCGACCGUCGUGAGGAACAUUGGCAUUGGUGCCGGCAGUAUUUGCGCGAGGAUCGCAAGCAUGAUCGCUCCUUUCGUUGCCACCAUUGGUCACAAGUAUGAAUGGCUGCCACCUCUCGUAUUCGGCAUCGGGCCGAUCAUUGGGGCGGCUCUCUGUUUGCUGCUGCCGGAGACCAUGGAUUGCGAGCUCCCGGAAACGAUAGAGGAGGCGGAGAAUUUCGGAAAAAAAACCUCGAAGAAGAGUCAAGCUUAGAGACUUAACGACAUCGAGGGAGCAAAACAAACGCAUUUGAGAUCAUGAUGGUUUCGUUUUUUCUUUGCGCAUUUGUAGAUCAUUACGUAUACUUUUGCACUUAUGCAGGUAUCCAUUUUGGAAAGUUACAUCAGAGAUGGCAAAGACUGAUUUAUGUACAUCAUUUUCAUCGAUCAACUCUUCGUGACAUUUUCUAGGGUAACAUUGAAAAGUUUGAUAUUACUUUGAAUUUAUACUUACACUGUCUUUUGAAUCUUUCCAUACUCUGUGGUCUUGUGUUAAACUAUUGAGAGUUAUUAUAGUUUAUUUUUGUAUUGCAUAAAAAGCCUUAAGUUUUGAAAUAUUUAAUAUUGUUAUUCCUAUGUAUGGGUGUGCGUUACUCUUCAAAUUUUAUUUUUUACUUAUAUACCCACUGUAUUCUCUUAAUAGAUUAAAAUGAAAAACCUUAAGUGUAAAAACUUGAAUGAAAAUUGAAUAAACUCGUGCUGACAGAUCCAUUUGGAUCGAUCAUUUAAAUAACAUAAAGGAUUUUGAAUAAUUUUAAGAAAUAGUUUUUUAAAUUCGUUCUAGUGAAUUAAAAAUAAUUCACAAAUUUAUGUUAUUUAAAUGAAAAAUCCAAAUGCAUCUAAAGGCACGUGUUAAUUUAACUUCUAUUCGAAUUUGAUGGUUAAAAAUAUUUUAAGCUAAAAUUGAAAAAUUUAAGAGGGUGUAUGUCUAAAGAAUAAAAUUGGGAAACAACGGACACCCCACUAUACAUUUCAUAUUUAUUAACAGUAGAUGUAAUAAAAAAAGAAGACAAGUGGUGUUACAUAUUAUAAAACUGUUAUUUUCAAUACAUCUUAAUGAUCUACAAAGAAAUUAUGUAUUACUGUACAAUUAUAAUGCAUUUCAAUGAAGUUAUUACGAAGCUUAAAUCUGAUGGAAAAACAUGGCUU